CUCUCCUGAUCAUGCAUUCACUCCCCCCCCCGUCUCUCUGAGAUGAGAUGAUCUAGGGCAAUGACCCUUUGCGCUCGUCGGAACCCCACUCCCGCAAUGGCGCGCCUCUCCUUCGCCAAGGGCGACGAGGUGGAGAUCCUCCGCAGCUGCUCCGACCCCGAGCUCCGCGACGCCUUCUACCCCGCCACCGUGCUCCGGUCCCCGGCCAGGGCCAAGGAGCUCAUCUUCGUCGAGUACCUCACGCUGCCGCGCGGGAGCAGCGGCGGCGGCGGCGGGGGCCGCCCGGAGCGGCUGAGGGAGUACGUGGGCUUGGCCCGGGCGAGGCCCGCCCCGCCGCGGGAGCUGCACGAGCGUUUCCGGGUAGGGGACGAGGUGGACGCUUAUAGAGAGAACGGGUGGCAUUUCGGCAGAAUCGUGGAGAUUCGCGAGGACUCCAAGUAUUUGGUCGCGGUGGGAGGUGGGAGGGAGGAGGUGGAGUUUGGACAGUGGGAGUUGAGGCGUCAUCGUGAGUGGAGCGGUGAUGGGGUGUGGAGCCCCCUCUUCGUUGGCGAUCAAAAGCAGUUCUUGAAAAUUGACUUGCAGGAGAAAUCAUCUACGAUGGAGUUAAAAUCUUGCAACAUAAAAUUCAAGAUAAGACUCAAUAAAAGGACAUCAUUGGCACCCCCCGAGUUUGGAAAGGGUAAAGUCGUAGAGGUCAGCAGUGACGAAAAAGGUUAUGAGGGUUCUUGGUUUUCCGCAGUUAUCGUCAACUAUAUAGGACAUGACAAGUAUCUGGUCGAAUACCUAACCUUGAAAGCAGACGAUGAAACUGAACCUUUGAGGGAAGAAGCAUAUUCACGGUACAUCAGGCCCUUCCCUCCUCAUCUUCCAGCCAGUUGUUUCAAGCGGCUUGACAAAGUUGAUGCUUGGUACAAUGAUGGAUGGUGGGUCGGUGUAAUUUCCAAAGUCCUAAAAGGCUCUCAGUAUAUUGUCUACUUCAGCACAUCCCAUGAAGAACUAAUUUUUGAUAAGUCUAAUCUGAGGCUUCACAAGGACUGGAUUGAUGGCAAGUGGGUCAUUGCUUCCCGGGAUAACUCUACUGAGGUGGCACUGCAAAUGGCAAGUUUAAGAGGUAACACGGAGUAUGGCAAACCGAAUGUAAAAGUGAAAUUCAGUAAGGGAAUGAAAGUGGAGGUGAGGAGUGAUGAAGAUGGUUAUCGGGGCUCUUGGUACACUGCAGUGAUCGAUGAUACGAUUGGAGACAAGUUUUUGGUUGAGUAUCAGACUUUGAAAACUGAUGAUGAAACCAAAUUCCUUAAAGAAGUAGCGGAGAGUUCACAUAUAAGGCCUUUUCCCCCUGACAUUGAACGUGUACAUACUUUUGCACAGCACGAAAUGGUUGAUGCUUGGUAUAAUGAUGGCUGGUGGGUAGGUCAUAUAUCCCGAAUUCUUGGGGGCUUGAAGUACAAAGUCUACUUUAUAACAUCAAGUGAGGAGUUGGAAUUUGAACAUCUAGAUCUUAGGCCUCAUCAAGAAUGGAUUGGUGGUCGAUGGGUUAUCACUUCCAAGGGUCAUAGAUCUGUUUGAAGCAGUUAACCGUGCAGUAACUUUUGGCCUCUGCUUCAAUUGUAAGUUUACUCCUGACUUGUUACUUGGUCCAACAUGAUGCUGUUGUCCACAUCUUGCAAUGGCCGACCCCUAUCGUUCGUUUCUUCUGUUCUCAGAUCCUGUUUUGAAGGUGUCGGACUGAUCCGUUGAUUUACGUAUAGGCUCCUAGCUCACUAUGGAUGGUGAAUAUGUCUAGUUCUUGUAAAAAGUUCUGCAUGGCUGCAACUUGAUCCUCUGAACCCGGCUGGUUUCUCAGGCAGUUGGCGGUCAAUGUGCCAGAUUCGUAAGAGCUUGUGAACUGCAGUUAGCUAUGUGUUAUAUUUGGUGA